GGGACCCUCGGCUAGGCAGCCAGCUGGCGCCCGCGUAGAUGGCGAGGAGCCCCCAAGGCCUCCUGAUGCUGCUGCUGCUGCACUACUUGAUGGUCGCCCUGGACUAUCAUAAGGCAAAUGGAUUUUCUGCAUCAAAAGACCACCGUCAAGAAGUUACAGUAAUAGAGUACCAAGAGGCUAUUUUAGCUUGUAAAACCCCAAAGAGGACCACAUCCUCCAGACUUGAGUGGAAGAAGCUGGGGCGGGGUGUCUCCUUGGUCUACUAUCAACAGGCUCUCCAAGGUGACUUUAAAGACCGUGCUGAGAUGAUAGAUUUCAACAUACGAAUCAAAAAUGUUACAAGAAAUGACGCUGGAGAGUACCGCUGUGAAGUCAGCGCUCCGACUGAGCAAGGCCAGAACCUGCAGGAAGAUACAGUCAUGCUAGAAGUACUGGUGGCUCCUGCUGUUCCUUCAUGUGAAAUACCCACUUCUGUUAUGAGUGGCAGUGUUGUGGAGCUACGAUGUCAAGAUAAAGAAGGAAAUCCAGCCCCUGAGUACAUAUGGUUUAAAGAUGGCACGAGUUUGCUAGGGAAUCCAAAAGGCGGCAUACACAACAGCUCGUACACAAUGAAUACAAAAUCUGGAAUUCUGCAAUUCAACAUGAUUUCCAAGAUGGACAGUGGAGAAUAUUACUGUGAAGCCCGUAACUCUGUUGGACAUCGCCGGUGUUCUGGGAAACGAAUGCAAGUAGAUGUUCUCAACAUAAGUGGCAUCAUUGCAGCUGUUGUUGUGGUGGCCUUCGUGGUUUCUGUAUGUGGCCUUAGUAUAUGCUAUGCUCAGAGAAAAGGCUACUUUUCAAAAGAAACUUCCUUCCAGAAGGGGAGUCCGGAAUCUAAAGCCACUACAAUGAAUGAAAAUGAUUUCAAGCACACAAAAUCCUUUAUAAUUUAAAAGAAUUCUACUUUUGAGAUGCACCAAAACCAGUUGUCACACAAGUUAUUAAAAUAUUGUAAAACCCUCCUUUGUCUUACAUUUGCAAAGAGGUGGAUGAAGAAAUGAAAGUGGGAAUUCAUCAUAGUUUUUAUGACCUAUAACUCACAAGAAGUAUUUUAAGCAAAAUGUUCUUGCCAUCGCUAAAAUACAAUCUGGCAUCUUGUGUCUGACCUAAAGUGAAAUGUCUGGUAAUAUUCUGACUUUCUGAAAUGCAAAUGAAUGUCAUUUUUGAAGCUGACUGUAUCAUACUGACUGUAAAGCUAAUAAUCCAAGAGGCAAGAAUACACUGUUCGUGCUCUCUCCAUGCAAGAAUGGCUUAUGUGUUCAGGAAAUACUCUAAUGAAUAGAAACUCUGUUUGCAAAAUUCCUACCAGAAUCCUCUUAUUACCUCUAAAUAAUCUGGGUUCUAUUGUCCUGUGUCUCUGUAUCUCUGUAAGGGAAUCCCAGGGCUGAGUUCAUGUCUAAGGGUUUGCACUUUUAUAUUUUCUUUCACUUUUCAGAACCAAAAGCCAACAUGAAGGGAGCUGCUAUUGCGAUUUCCUCAGAGGCUUUUGGAGAGGCUCAGUGACCUGGACAUCAGAGUGCACUACUAGAACCUACACAACUCCACAGACACCUUUUAUCUGUCCCUAAAAGCAAUUCUGAACUGGGCUAGUUCCUCCCUGGUGAAGAUAAAGGGUUUUCAAUCUGUUUAUGAUGGAACAGGGGCAUAGGGGAGAGAAGCAUUUGCCCCAAAAGUAAAAGGUAGAUGAAACAAGCUCAUUUUGACUGUGAUCCAGCAAAGGUACAGGAGAAACUAUGGCUGAAAUGAGACAGGGGUCUAAUGUCUUCUGAACUGGUUAUCCACAAAGGCCACCAACCAGCUAGUGUCAGAAUAUGAAAUUCCCAGGGCUCAACAGGAAAACCAGUCCUGUUGGGGACUGGUUUACACACACACACACACACACACACACACACACACACACACACACAGACACGUAACUGGAGAUGUCUAGUUCUGGGUAAAAAAGCAUGAAAGGUUAUUUACUCCCUUUAUCAGCUUUGAACAUGGUCAAGUUAACUUUCUACCCAAAAGGCAAAGCAGAUUCUCAGGAUUCUCAUGAUAAGCAAACAGGCGAAGUGGUCAGUGAGUACCUCGUAGUGAUCUGGUAACCAGGGUGAUGCCCACUGCCAUACUGCUCCCCUUUAACUUUGUGGCCUUGAAUCCUUCUUAAUCAGUAGACACCUUUCCAAAGGGCUGACUUGUGUAAAAUGCCUCAGCCCUCAAGGUCAGACUCAUACUUAAUAUAGCCAGCAAGCUACUCAGAACAAGAUAGUACAUAAUUCAACCCACAUGGUUCUUGUUACAACCACUCAACUCUGUCACACAGUGUAGAGUACACGUGUGUCAGUGAUGUAGCUGGGAUUUGCCCACAGAUCCAAGCUCCUUGCUUCUGGUAGCAAAUGACAAACACCUGUGGUGUACAAGAAAUCAGGAUAAAUGUUGCCUAUGCCAUGACUAUGAGAUUUGCUCUGGUAGGAGGAAUGCUAUCCUUCUGCAGUGCCAAGUAGACGUACAACUCUCAAGGAUGCCUCUUUAGGCCCAAAUAGUAUCACAAGACCAACUGCAUCAACUUAAAUGACACAAAUCCACAUCGUGAGAUGACAAUUACGUAGUGCCUUACCUUCACUAGUAGAUGAAAAGCUUCCUUUUAAGACACUGAAGACUGAAGGUUCAUUUUAUGCAGUGUAAACAUCUAAUAAAAUCUGUGCCAAAUAUCUACUAUACAUUCUUAACUACUGUAUACAGCUACACAGAAAUCAUCGUAUGAAGAAUGCUUUCUUCUACACAAAGGACCUAACUGCACACUAACCUUCUAGUUAUUAAGUCUGUCUGAGAGUCACUGCCAUGAAGACUUGUCUGCUGUUUUCUAAGACUUGAACUCUAACAUUGUGUUAACAUCUAAUUGUAGUUUCUAGAACAUGUUGAUUUUAUUUUUCCACAGUGAAAGUGUAAUAAGGGUCUAGAAACUAUGAGAGAAAGUUUUGCUUUAGUAUUGUCGCUGUUGUAACUAGCUUCAUCUUAUUUUUAGUCCGGAUAGGGGAUAACUUAGCUAAGCCUGGAUGUUUAUUUUACAAUACAACUCUACAAAGAACUUCCUUCAUUCUACAACUCACUUUGUUUGAUUAAAGUUCACGAUACAAAAAUAGCUAUGCACAGCUCAACUUUUUAGUCCCAUCCAACAGAGGGGGGAAGUCACUCACCUAUUGUUCAGUAAAACCCAGGAAACUCCUCCCUCCCUCGUACCUGCAGCUGUGAGGCCCCUCUAGCAGUUUAAAAUCAGUCGCCCUUGUCUCUCAGCUUGGAUAACUGCCAACCUCUAGUCAGAAAAUAAAAAGGGUAAACUACUUACUGGAUGUUUUGUGAUGUCAGAGGCUGAGGAUAAGGGAGUGCAAAAUCUCACUUCUCUUCCAAGACAUUACGAAGGGGAGCCUGUCGUUUUGCAGUCAACGACUGCUCAGGUUUGCAGUGCUGUUACUGGAGGAGUUGGGGUCUACUUUUCCUUCAUUUUACAUUCUCCAGUUCUCAACACCUUCUCUUCAUCCUUAGUAACCUCUAGGUCACCCAUCCCACCCACCCUGGUUCCCAAAUCUAUCUUUGUCAAACUUCAGCAUUUAAAACAAAAAGAUACAACAGAAUUUUAUACACAACCAACCCACAACCCACUUUCUUUUGUUCUCUUAUUAUUCAGCAGACUGAACUCUGUCCUUACAAUUUAGUCUGCCUUUUUGGAUACAUUUGUAAUACUUCCCUGGACUGUUAGUCCUCAUCACAAGCUAUGGAAAUCCUAUUUACUCCUGACAGACAAGUCAAAUUCAACUCUCUGUGGGACAGCCUUCUCCCAUUUUCCAGCUGUAAGUUUUGUCUCUGAAUUCCGGUGGCAUUUGAUUCUUUUGUGGUAUUUAUUGAUUUCUGUGUUAUAGUACAGGUAGGUAUAUAUAUGACAUCUCUACCAACCUGAAAACCUGAGAAAAGACCUAUGUUGUACAGGUCUUCAUAAACCCUAAGGUAUUUAAUAGUAUCUGACACAAAAAGUUUCUAAAAAUGCUGAAUACCUGUGAAGCACAAAGAAUGAUUAAAUGUAAGCAUCAACUUAGAAUAUUAAUAAAACAUUGCAUUCUGAUACAACA